ACGAGAACGACGAGGAGCAAGGCGCAUCAGCAACGGCAUUGCCAGACGUCGCAGAUGCAAUCAAAGAGAAUGAAGUAGAACAGUGUGUGGAAGCCGACCUGAAUAAGACGCGUGAAGAUCAGGCCUCAUCUACCUCCUCUUCUUCAUCAAAGAUCCUCGGAGAUGCUGUUUCUCAAAAAGAGCAGACACCAGCACCAACAUCUCAGACGUUGGCAGGAGGUCAGCAGCAAGCACGUAUCGUCGGCAUUCUCAGGCGUAGUUGGCGUGAGGUUGCCGGUGCGUUACGCCCUCUCCCAGCGACCGGAUUCAACUCAGGGGUGGCCGAUGAUGUUAAUGACGCCGGAUUUAGGAGUUCCAAGCUUACUGCGCGAGUCUUCGUGCCGAUCGAUCCACGUCUGCCGAACGUCCGUAUCCAGACACGCCAGAGUGCGCAUUUAGAAGGCAAGCGCCUUGUUGUGGCCUUAGACGAGUGGCCGCGGGACUCCCGAUUACCUUUGGGCCACUACGUACGCGCGUUGGGCGCGUUGGGUGACAAAGGGACCGAAAGUUCCGUCAUUCUACACGAGCAUGGCGUCGCCACCGAGGAAUUUAGUGAUGAAGUGUACGCCUGUCUGCCUCCAGCGGACUUCACGGUUGACGUGACUGCAACGAAGAACGCCGAUCCCCGACGGCUCGACUUGACCCACUUGCUCACCUGUUCCGUGGAUCCACCGGGAUGCAAGGACAUUGACGAUGCACUGAGCUGUGAAUUCUUGGACGACGACUGGGCACGCGUGGGUGUCCACAUUGCAGAUGUCACGCAUUUCGUCAAGCCAGACUCCGCGAUCGACCUCGAGGCACAAAAGAGAUGUACCACGGUCUAUCUAGUGGAGCGAAGAACAGACAUGUUGCCAGGUCUCUUGACUACGGAUUUGUGCAGUUUGCGUGCUAACGUGGUCCGUCUCACCUUCAGCGUGCUCUGGGAAAUCAACGUGCACACCGCGGAAAUCCGAAAGGUAUUCCAGCAUACUUCCUUAUAUCAGAGUAGUUUAUAGCACGCAUGGUGCAUGGAGUAGCAUGGAGUGCAUGGAGCGCAGAGCUUUAAGGGGCGCAAGAAGCUCCCCCUUUAGCUCCAUGCUACUCCAUGUGAUCCAUGCACUCCAUGCCAUGCGAGCCGUGAAACCUUAUAAACUGCUCUGUUAUAUAUACUAUUAGAUUAGUCUGAUAAAAAAUAGGUAUUUGCAUAAAUAUUUUUUAGCCUACCUCCGACCGCGUCGCGGAAUGUUCGCCUCAUAAUUAUACUUAUCAUGACACAUCACUACGCGCCCUUACAGGUUUCCUUCCACAAAGCGAUGAUCCGUUCGUCCGCCGCUCUAGCCUAUGCUGACGCGCAGAACCGUAUUGAUGACGCAAAAGACGAUACUCCUCUGACUAAAUCUCUGCGUAUGCUGAACACUUUGGCGAAAAAGUUGCGCGCGAACCGUCGGGACCGUGGUGCACUGGAACUCGCAAGCCAAGAAGUGCGGUUCGAACUCGAUAGCGAGACCCAAGACCCGUUGAGCGUGACGCGCUAUGAGCUACGAGACACAAACCGGAUGGUUGAAGAGUUCAUGCUUCUAGCGAAUUGCUCAGUUGCAGAGAAGAUUCUAGACCAUUUUCCGCACUGCAGUGUACUCCGAAGGCACCCAGCACCAAAAUUGGAUGCACUGGAAAACCUGAGGAAACUUCUGGCAACCUCAAAAGCCUGCACAAAGGCUUUGAACAUCGAAGAGGAACCAAGUGCUGCUGAGGUGGAAGACGAUAAAGGUGACAAGAAAAAGAGUAGAAAGCGGCAACGCAAGGACCAAAGUGCAGAAGAAGAUCAACAUCAAGAGCACACAUCAGCUGCAGCAAUCAGUAAUUUGUUUCGCUUCAACUCGAAUAAGGAACUAGCGGAUAGUCUGGACCGCCUAGGUGCACUGCAGAAGGGUCAAAAACAAAGUGCGGCUGACCGUCAAGUGAAUCAGCUUAUUCGCGUACUAACGACUCGGUGCAUGAAUCAAGCAAGCUACUUCUGUACAGGCACCCUGGCAGAUCGCAGCCUAUACAAGCACUAUGGACUUGCCAUGGACCUCUACACACAUUUCACGAGUCCGAUUCGAAGGUAUCAGAUUUUCUUGUCCACUUGUUGACUCAUGUGCUACUCCUAUCCAAGAACGACGGAAUCAUUUUGAAACAGUAGAUGAUGAUGCUGAUGACAGACUGUGAGCAAAUAUAUCAAUCCUGUUUAGGAAAAUCAAAACAAGAUUUAAAAUCAGCGUUGUAUCAUGAUCCAUCUAUCUCAAAUUUUGUUUCUUACAGGUACGCCGACGUCCUCGCGCACCGCUUGCUCGCGCAUGCUAUUGGGUACGAGGCCACUGCACCACCUCCGCAGUUGACUAAAGAGCGGGUGCAACGACAGUGCGAAGUGAUCAAUUUGCGACAUCGUAUGGCCCAGUGGUGCGGCAGGGCGAGCGCGAACCUUCACACCUUCUUGUUCUUCAAAAAGCGAGGGCCUCAAGAUCAAGUGACAGCUGUGGUCACGCGGGUCAUGCCCAAGCAAAUCUUCGUCAACGUACCGAAGUUCGGAAUUGAGGGUGCAGUGCGAAUGGACAAUAACCACGACCCUAAGAUGCUGGAGGGUCGUGGUGAAGAGAAUAUGACUGAGGGUGGUGAAGAGAAGAAGACUGCUGCUGCUUGGAGAUUUGAUGAAACUCGUCAAUGCUUUGUCUCGCAGGAAAAUAGCGAAAGCAAGCAAGCGCGGAAGAUCCAAGUUUUCGAUGAAGUUCUUGUACGUAUUGAGGCAGAAGAGAAGGACUUUCGAAAUAAGACGCUUCUCACCUUUCAAGGCCUUAAGCUUAAGAUGGUGAAGAGUGAUGGUUCCCCAGGGGAAAGCCCAACGGCACUAGAGGCAACAGGUUUGCUAGGGAAAAAGGCCAGCAGGAAAGAGCAGCUUGAACGUGCGCGCAUACGCAAGGAGAUGUUUCCGGAGGAGAUUGCGCGUGAAGCAAACUGAUCAGAUCGAUGUCAAAAUCUAGAGCUACUCUAAACCUUCCUUGUUCAUCCCCAAGAACAGUCACUUGUUUAAUAUGGCAUUGGCGUGCUUGUACAAACACUGUAAGAAGACUGCACAAGACGAACUAUGAAGAUUUUCCAUAUGAUCAGAAUGAGGACACGUCUCAUGCUACAAAAUUCAUGUACAGCUACAGAUUAAGCUAGCUUACGCUUACCUGCUUUGAGUCUCCGAG